AUGGCAGAUCCAAAGGACCAAGAGGAACAAGAAACGACAGCAGCAGAUGCAGCUGAGGACUCCAAUCAUGAUCCCCACUAUGAUCCAAUUGUGAGCCUUCCCGAACAGGACAUAAAAACACUAGAAGAGGACGAGGAGGAACUGUUUAAAAUGCGGGCCAAACUUUAUCGGUUUGCUUCAGAGAACGAGCCUCCAGAGUGGAAGGAGCGAGGGACUGGAGAUGUGAAACUUCUGAAGCACAAAGAGUCCGGCAGCAUCCGCCUUCUCAUGAGGAGAGACCGAACACUGAAGAUCUGUGCCAACCAUCACAUUACUCCUGCGAUGGAGCUAAAGCCAAACGCAGGCAGUGACCGGGCCUGGGUGUGGAAUACAUUGGCAGAUUAUGCUGAUGAGAGCCCAAAAGCUGAACUGUUGGCAAUACGUUUUUUAAACUCUGAAAAUGCUCAAAAGUUUAAGGUGAAGUUUGAAGAGUGCAAGGAGGUAGUUAGAAAAGCUCUCAAAGAUAAAGAUGAGGAUGGACCAGACAAAGUGGCAAAGAAAUUAGAGGACCUUUCUGUAAAGGACGGUAAGAAGGAAGAGGACAAAAAGGAGACUGAGAAGAACGAUGAGAAAAAGGAGACUGAGAAGAACGAUGAGAAAAAGGAGGUCACGACAGAAGAAAAGAAUUGA